AAGGCACGUUUUCCUCUUCGCGACACACAUCAACGAACAAGUAUGGAGGGGAAACUUAUGUUAGCGGCGUCUUUGGCGUUGUUAGCUUUAGGAUGCGGCGUUGAAGCUCAGCGGUACUACAAUUACAGUCCACGAGGUUACUAUGGACGAAACUUGUACGAGCAUGGACGCUCUAUAUCCGAUGAGGUGGUGAGGUGUGGUCCACACACCUGCGGGGUAGGUGCUCACUGUACCCACGGCAGCGUGAGGCCGGUCUGUGCCUGCCUGCCAGGAUACUCCGGCGACCCGCUAUCGCAGUGUGUGCAAAUCGAGUGUGUUAGUAACAGUGAAUGCCGUCAUAACCAAGCUUGUGUCAACCAAAAGUGCAUAUAUCCGUGUGAAGGCGCUUGCGGACACAACGCAAACUGUGAUGUUCGUCAACACGUCCCAGUAUGCUCGUGCGCGCCUGGAUACACCGGAAACCCAUUCACGGAGUGCCGAAUCCUUGACCCUGAGGAAGCAUGCCACCCAUCUCCUUGUGGAGCUAACACCAAUUGUCGCGUUGCCAAUAACCAAGCUAUCUGCUCAUGUCUUCCCGGAUACAGGGGUAGUCCAUUGACGGGCUGCAGACACGAGUGCGAGUCCGACAGCGAGUGCGGCUCGACACAGUCUUGUCGCGACUUCAAAUGCGUCAACCCCUGCAGUGACUGUGGCGUCAACGCCGACUGCGAAACCGUCGCCGCUCAUCGUGCCAUCUGCAAGUGCCCUAGGGGCUACCACGGCGAUCCUUACCGCAUUUGCACAGCGGAAUGUACUUCUGACAGUGAAUGCCCAAGCUACAAACCAGCUUGUGUCUACAACGCAUGUGUGAACCCGUGCACAAACGCAUGUGGCGUGAAUGCGGACUGCAACCUACGUGGUCUGACGCCCGUCUGCUCCUGCCCUAAGACCAUGACCGGUGAUCCAUUCACCUUCUGCAGGCCUUUCGAAGCGCGUGACCUGUGCGAGCCCAACCCUUGCGGUACGAACGCGAAGUGCACGCCCGGACACGACCGCACAGGUGCCGAGCGGCCCGUCUGUACCUGCCCCACAGGCUACAUCGGCAACGCACUUGUUGCUUGUGAAAAGGGUGAAUGCGAGUUGGACUCCCAGUGUGCCGACCACCUGGCCUGUGUAGGCUACGAAUGCGUAGACCCGUGCCUCGGAAACACACAGUGCGGCACCGGUGCCGUCUGCAUGGCGCGCCGGCACAUCGCCGUCUGCACUUGUCCUGGAGAUCACCACGGAGAUGCCCUUGUAAACUGCUACCAGACUAACUCUGUAGCUGCUACCCGUUACUACAGAUACAAGCGCAACGGUAACUUUACUGAGUCAGCGGUACCAGUAGUUACUGCCGAAACCGAAAAAACCGAAAAGGAAGAUUAAACUUGCCAUAAAAUUGUAAAACAAGGAAUCGAUUAAUUGAUCCCACGUUAAAGAUUUUGUCAAUAUUGCGACUAAAAAUUUCUCUAACUUGGGAUCGAUGCGUGACUAUAGAUUUUAAAUAAACAUUACUGAUUGAUCGAAAUAAGUA